ACCCUUAAACCCUAAACUCUGUGUGCUGCCAUUGUUCACUGGUCCUAAAACCCUAGUCACUACAUUACUGUUCCUUUGCUUUUAUUUCAAUUUCAGUCCAAAUUUGCAACUGAUUGUAACAUAUUUCUGCAAAAGUUGUGAACUUUAAGCUCACAAUUGAAUCAUGAAGAACCUGAAAAAGAAGAAAGCUUCAGCUCAAAACACCCAGAAGGGUAGUAAGAAGAGAUUUUCAGUUGAAAGCGACCCAUUUUUCAAUGACGACAACGACUUGAAAAGGCGAAAGAGAUUUGGAGAUGAUGAAGAUAUUGAGAGCAGUGAUGAUUCAGAGGACAUUUAUGGGUCUGAUGAUGAAGGAGUGGAUAGGAAUGAGAGGAAGGAUGAAGAAGAAGAGGAGGAGGAGGAGGAGACGGCAGCUGAGAAGAGAAAGAGGCUGGCGGAGACAUUUUUGCAUAGUAUGAGGGAGUCGAAGAGGAAGGAAGAGGAAGAAAGAGAGAGUGGAGAGGAAUAUGAUAGAGAGGAGAGGGAAGCAAUGAGAGACUCAUGGAUGGUAGACAUGUUGCAGAAGGAGCAGAUGGAGGGCAGUGGUCGUUCCAGAAAAGCUAUUGCUUCCAGGAUUCAAAAGCCUACCAAGGGAUUUCACAUUUUAGUGAAACAUCGACAGUCCGUAACUGCUGUGACUUUAUCUGAUGAUGACUUGAAGGGAUUUUCAUCUUCUAAAGAUGGUACUAUUGUUAGCUGGGACGUGGACAGUGGAAAGACAGAAAAGUAUGCAUGGCCUACUGAUGAAGCAUUGAAGUCACAUGGUGCAAAGGAGCCACAAGGUCGAGCAACAAAACAUAGUAAGCAUGUUUUAGCUUUGGCUGUCAGCUCUGAUGGACGCUAUUUGGCAAGUGGAGGCUUGGACCGUCACAUUCAUUUGUGGGAUGCCCGAACACGGCAGCAUAUUAAGGCAUUCCCUGGUCAUAAGGGACCUGUUUCAUGUUUGACAUUCAGACAAGGAUCUUCUGAACUGUUUUCAGGGUCGUUUGAUCGAUCCAUCAAGAUAUGGAAUGUGGAAGAUAGAGCUUAUGUAAAUACUUUAUUUGGUCAUCAAAGUGAAGUUCUAACCAUUGAUUCUUUGAGGAAAGAAAGGGUUUUGACAGUUGGACGAGACCGAACCAUGCACUUAUGGAAGGUUCCGGAGGAAUCUCAAUUGAUAUUUCGUGCUCCAGCAACUUCCCUUGAAUGCUGUUGUUUCAUCAAUAAUGAUGAGUUUCUAUCUGGUUCUGAUGAUGGAAGUAUUGAGCACUGGAACGUAACAAGGAAGAAGCCUGUCCACAUUGUAAAAAAUGCACAUGCUUCAUUGCAAUCAGUGGGAAUUGAACAGAGCAAUGGGGCCCUAUCAAAUGGCCACAUGGAAAAUGGCACCCUUAAUCCUCAGUGUCAUUCCUCUUCAGCACUCUCUUGGGUUAGUGCGCUGACAGUCUGCAGAAAUAGUGAUCUUGCAGCAUCAGGAGCUGGCAACGGGUCUGUUCGACUGUGGACAAUUGAAAAUGAAUCAAAAGGCAUCCAGCCAUUGUUUGAGCUCCCAGUGGCUGGAUUUAUAAAUUCCUUAGUUUUUUCAAAAUCAGGACAGUUCUUGGUUGCUGCAGUAGGGCAGGAACCUCGCCUAGGAAGGUGGGGACGUAUUGCUGAUGUUCGAAAUGGAGUUUUUGUGCAUCCUUUGAAUCAUUCGUGAUAUUGAGCUUGUUGCUCAUUGCCCAAUUUGGCUCAUGCUAAAAGGAGGAAUAGCCUUCUCUGUACUUUCUUGUGAGGUCAAUAUUUAUUUUUAUGUUGGCAAAAAUUUUGAUCUAUCAAUUUUGAUAUAUUUUUAUUCUCUCUUU